GGGACCUCGUCCUACCAAACCCCUGUCCCUCCCGUUCACAGUAGAUCCCAGCAGCAGGCAGCUCGCCGGCCAGCUUGGCUGAACCCCUGCAGGUGCUCUCCUGUCCAGCUCGCCCCACCAAGGGAUCAACAUGGUGGCCACCUGCCUGCACCUGGCUGGAUUUGUCUGCAGUUUUAUAGGGUGGAUUGGGGUGGUUGUGGCAACAGCCACCAAUGACUGGGUGGUGACUUGUGGCUACACCAUUACCACCUGCAGGAAAAUGGACGAGCUGGGAUCCAAGGGGCUGUGGGCAGACUGCGUCAUGGCAACAGGUCUCUACCACUGCAAGCCCCUCGUGGACAUCCUCAUACUGCCAGGGUAUGUCCAAGCAUGUCGAGCACUGAUGAUCGCUGCCUCCGUCCUGGGUCUUCCCGCUAUCUUCUUGCUGAUAACAGUCUUGCCCUGCAUCCGGAUGGGCCACGAGCCUGGAGCUGCCAAGUACCGGCGGUCCCAGCUGGGAGGGAUCCUCAUCAUCCUGCUGGCCAUGUGCGGCGUCGUGGCCACCAUCUGGUUUCCCGUGUGCGCCCACCGCGAGACCACCAUCAUGAGCUUCGGCUACUCCCUGUACACAGGCUGGAUCGGCUCUGCCCUCUGCCUCUUCGGCGGCUGCGUCAUCGUCUGCUGCUCGGGGGACGCCCAGACCUUCGGUGAAAACCGCUUCUACUACGCCUCGGGAUCCAGCUCCCCCACCCACGCGAAGAGCGCUCACGUGUAAGCGCCCCGGGGACACCCCGCAGCUCCCGUCGGAUGCGUUGGCUGGUGGGUUUGUGUGCCCUGGGUUUGCCUCUACUGACGCACGCUGCUGUCAGGCUCCCAGGGGGAGAUUUAGAAAAGCGGCACAAAUGUCGGGUA